UCUAUGGUCAGAUUUCCACCUGCACCGUCGGUUCUUGAUUUUUCAGUCCCGCAUUUGCCGCGAUUUUCAUCUGGGCGUCGUAGUUUUAAGUAUGAUUCGUAUGAAAAGUUAAUUAGUGUAAGGUUUCCUCUUAAAUCCUGUAUCCUUUUCUUUUUGGAAUUUUAAUACGGAAAGUGAACAGGGAUUAAUUAACUCUUCUGCUUUCCUACAUCUGUGAGAGAUCUCCUCGUGUUUGCUAGAGUUUUCCGGACUAGAAGAGGACACAAAACGACAGCCGAAUGAAAGGAAGAAUAAAAUCAAAUAAUUUUCCCAAGAGGCAAAUCUAAUUGCUGUGAGUUAAUGUGUAUGAAGAGGAAAAGUAGAGCGAAAAAAUAAUGAGUGAUAUUUAGUGCGAAUUGGUGCCAAGAGUUUCCGCGUGUCUGUAGUAAUACGGAGGUAGUGGUGCUUCUUUGAGAGAAGAAUUCGAAAAAAUAUCUGAAAAUUCCUAGUGUGUGGCCGGUUAAUCUUAUAUAAUCCACUCCAUACGAAAGUGUGUCCUAGGGACUUGUGUACUGUGUAGCAUGACAUGUGCGAAUUUUAGGGGAAGCGAAUCCGUGUUAGUCGCAGCCUAAGGAAGAGGAUACAUGUGGCAGCCAAGUGGUAUCUGAAUGUGUAUAAUUGCGGUUGAUUCGAAAGAGUUGGAAACAAAUUGUCAUACCUGCGCUUCCUGGCAAAGUGGUAUAUGCACUUCAAACGGAUCCUUUUAGUUUUUACCACUUUGUGAUCCAUUAAGGACCAUUUGUUACUCUCAGUUCGUCCCGCUAUUCACAUGGGCAUCAAAGGAACAUAAUCGUGGCUAUGAUCAGAAAUAAGUGUAUUAAAAGAAAAUGUGUCGCUUUUCUUCUGGAGUGAUACUAAUAGUCGAUAAAAGAAUCAGGACUGCCUGGUGUAGGUUAAAUGGCCUAUCCAAGGACGAGAAUUAGGGCGCAAUUUUGUCGGAGUUAUUGCUACAAGGACGUGUCGGACCAUUGCGGUCAUUUUAUUUAAUGCAAACUGGAUUCCAUAGAAGAAGAAAAGACAUCAAGUUGGAAGUGCCAAUGAACAAUGAAGGUCAAUGGACGCGGCUUUUCAUGGUUCUCACUAUUGCUCCUAGGAUCAUGCGUUAUGUCAGUUUUACCAAGUAAUUCAACCACAUCCGUCACAACAUUUCAGCCAUCAACGAUGACAAUGAUGACGAGAAAGCCAUCAAAAGGCUCAGUCGGGGCAGCUCCGCUAAUUUCCACAAAGCAAAAUGACUACAUUAUGGACAUUACACCAACAAGCCAAAUAACUAGUUCAUCAUAUCAGGAGGACCGGAUAAGAAUAGAGUCCGGAUCUAUCACAAACCCUCAUCCUGUUGGUCGCCGAUGGACAAAGUCAGUCCAUGCCAAGAGGGACGUACAACCCGAAGUUCCAGAUCCUUGUGAUGUAUUCGAAAGGGACGAGCCGAAUACAAAUAUGUUUUAUAGUCCUGGAUAUCCGAAUAAUUAUCCCAACAACUCCAACUGUGUUCGAAUCCUUCAAGCCCCCAGUGGUCAGAUUCUGAGGUUAGACUUUAGGGAUAAGUUUGAUAUCGAACCUUCGGAAGGAUGCAAAUUUGAUUUUUUAGAGAUACGUGACGGUGGUUACGGCUAUUCAAAUUUAUUAGGAAAGUUUUGCGGACGUGACUUCCCACCGAUGAUAACAUCAAAGGAGCGUUAUCUUUGGUUACACUUCCAUUCUGAUGACAAUAUCGAGUAUUCAGGAUUUACAGCCGUUUAUGAUUUUAUACCGAAACCAACAUCCUCACUUCCGGAGGACUUAGUGUGCCGAAUAUACAAAGGUGGCUUCGAAGGAUUUGUAAAUAAUACAGACGUACCUGAGAAUAUAACGGAAAUUAUACGCGAGCAUAAAAUAGCUACAGAUUGUAUGUGGGUGAUAACAGUGAAAGAAGGGUGGAAGAUUCAACUGAAUUUCCUCCAGUUCAACCUAAAGCGGCCUAAUGAAUGUGAUGUAAAUUUCGUAGACAUAUUUCCCGAUAAAACGGACGAGCACUCCAAGUUGAGGAAUUUUUGUGGCUCCGCUGCAGACUCCAUAAAUUCUUUAACGAAUGUUCUGCAUGUGCGAUACUAUGCCGAGUAUGUUGCCUAUAAUUCGUCCUUCACCAUUCUGUAUACGGCGUUUAGGGAUAAGGGUGCUGCAUGCGAGGAGGACGAGUACGAUUGCGAGGAUGCAACGUGUAUAUCAGCAGAACUGCAAUGCAACGGCCGGAAUAACUGCAGGUUUCGAUGGGACGAAGAUGAGUGCCAUACUGAAGAUGAAGGCCAGUCGGAGCACGUAAUUAUUAUCAUUGUCGUUUUCGGACUCAUCCUUGGAGGAAUGAUGAUAACAUUCUGCGUCAACUGCAUUCGAAAACUUUUAAGGGAUCAAAAGAUUAUCAGAGAACACAUUAGACAGUCAAAGGAGAGUAAACUAGAUGAAAUGGGACGAGCUUCUGCCAAACGAUCUCGUGAAAAUUUAUCGAAAAUCACCCAAUUGACUCCAAAAGAUAAGCGGUCCCAAAGUUCUUUACAGAUAUUGGAUGACGUCUCGAAUCGAUACUACCGAGAAGCCAUUCCCAUCGCUGUACAAAAUAGCCGAUCAGAUAGCAAGAGUGAUACUAUCCUCCGGCAACAGCAUGACAUGGUUAUACAAACCAGCUUAGGAGACGACACCCCGGUGCUCGAUCAAAGCGGAACAUGCGACAUGGGGUGCCAAACGAGAGAAUCACUCUUCCAACCAGUUCAACGACAAAAAUCCACCACGGUUUCACCGCACCAGUCGGGAUUGCGUUUCUCUACUUUCGGCUACGACACACCCCCCACAUCCACAAAUCAGUCAUUAAAAGCCCAGAAAUUCAGCUCGAGCAAGGAAAAGUCGAACACAGCUCCAACCACCAUUGAAAUGGAAGACCUCAGUCACACGGAAAUUCCAACGAAACCUUAUGAAAUCUGCCAUCAUCAUCAUCAACACCAGCAGCAUUUACAGCAACUGCAUCAGAAACAACACCAACCCCAAUCGGGCGGUAAGGGUGGGAAGCAGAAAAUGGAGGAAUCUCGAGCAUUUAUCGACAUUCGAAACUCAGCACCAGAUGUUAUUAUUAUGACGUCACAUUGACAAUUAAGGAACAUCGUAGGGUUACAAAAUUGUACGUUUAGGUUGUCUCGCGAAUUUAAAAGCCAUUUUUCCAGUGGCAACUACUACCGUAAUGGAAAUGCGACACGUUUUCGAUGCUGUUAAAUUCAGACAUUUGAAAUUGAUUUUACGAUGAUAUAAAAUUGAAAUUCCCCAAUUCAGUUUGAAUACAGCAUCCCAGGGACCAUUGUUGCGAAGUCUUAGCAUUGAAGCUUCAGUCAGGGUUCGAGCAACUACGAUUUAUCGGGAAUUGGUGCAAAUUUUUACUUUCUGUACAUAAAGUUAUAGAUACUUUCUUAGAAAUGAAUUGGGUUCAACAUUUUUAACCUUUCUGGAUACUUGAACAGGAUCUUGCACCUUACGUAAGACUUCAAUCGAUUCAAAUUGCCCCAGUCAAAUGCUUUCAUUUCAAACUGUUUAAGUUUAUCUUUUGCCUAAUAUUGCGGAGCCAUUGACCGCUCCUUGUUACAUUAAGGAUGCAGUGUAAAUAUUGCCGCACUUCAGGUGACCUCCCUUUACGUGCGUCACAUGUUACUGAUUACUUUAUUGGACUUUGUUGUAGCAUCCUUGUUGCUCUUUAUUUAUCCUAGUUGGUUUUUGGUCCGAAAUUAUGUUACCUAGAACACCAGAUACCAAAUAUUAGAUACUUAUUGGUAGCACUGAAAGAGGAAGGUAUAGACAAAGAAUCUUUUCUUUGCAUUAUUAAAUUUGUGUAUUCGUUAAGUUUAUUUUUAAAGAGAUUAUGGUCGUAAGAACUGAUGUAAUCAGUGCAAUGCGAAAUCAAAAGAAAACCUAAAAACGUAACAGUUGUAGAUAAGGAAAUAAUUUCUAGUAAUUAAGUAAUUUAAUAAUAAGAUCGA